UCUUCCGGGGGAGCAGCAGCUCGGCACCCGCGGUUCUCCUCGCUCCUCAGCCUCAGUGAAGCAAUGCUUCGGCUCCGGCUCUUGACGUGGGACGUGAAGGACACACUGCUCCGGCUCCGGCACCCAGUAGGAGAGAAUUACUCUGCUGCAGCCCGAGUUCACGAAGUUCAUGUACAGCCUGAGGCACUCAAUAAAUCUUUCCAUCAGGCAUACAAAGCCCAAAGCAAGCACUUCCCCAACUAUGGCCUGAACCAGGGGCUAAGCUCUAAGCAGUGGUGGACGGAUGUUGUCAAACAGACCUUCAUACUCGCUGGUGUCCAUGAAGACAGGCUCCUCGCCGCCAUUGCAGAAAGUCUCUAUCAGGAGUUCUGCAGUGCACAGAACUGGGAGUUGUUACCAGGCGCCAGGGAGACUCUGAGGCAGUGCCAUGAGCUGGGCAUCCAUAUGGCCGUAAUCUCCAACUUCGACAAGAGGCUCGAGAAGAUUCUGUCUCACUGCAACCUCAGGCACCAUUUUGAAUUUGUCUUGACCUCAGAGGAGGCUGGCUUUGCCAAACCAGACCAGCGGAUCUUUCAGAAGGCGCUGCACAUUUCUGGGGUAGCCCCACACCAGGCGGCUCACGUGGGGGACAAUUAUGUGAGGGAUUAUAGGGCAGCCAGAGGUGUGGGCAUGCACAGCUUCCUGCUCAGGAGGGCUGAGCCUGCAAACAAUUGGGAGCUAGAGGUACCAAAGCAGCACAUCCUGCCUUCACUUACCCACUUGCUUUCUGUUAUCGAGAAGGGUUAACGGGGAAUCCCUCGCAUCUCCUCAGAGAUCACCAGGAACAAAACAGAUUCCUUACACCUCAUCCCUAGAAAGAGGGAUCAGUUGUGCUGCGGGGGGGGUGGGGGUGGAUUGGUUCUCCACCAGGUGAAUCAGGUUCUAAAGAGUAUCUGCACGUCCUGCUAUACAGAGGGCAAAAGCAAACCCCUCUGAACUCAGUGAGAAGUACUUGCUAGCACCAUCCACAACAGCACAUUUGUCAUCCAGUACAAUAAACUGCUACAGAUACUCA